CGUUGGCCGAAAGUCUGGUCGUGUUCUGCUCUCAAACAGUCGGCCCUUUCCCCAGAUUUUCCACCCGAACAUCGGCCACCAGAUUGACGUUGCAUUUCGUAAUUCGAUAAACAAAGUCUUGUGACACCAGUUUUUCGAAAGACAGCUACCCAAGGAGGAGGCCCAAAAUCCAAGAUGACGGAAUCUCACAAGCUCUCAGUGCACCUCGACUCUCCAAUCAUCUUAGAUGGCGCACUAGCAACCUAUCUGGAAACUCUCGGCGCAGACAUCUCAGGAGCCCUCUGGUCCGCCGACAUUCUUCUCCAGAAUCCCUCUUUGAUCAAACAAACACAUCUGGACUACUACCGCGCAGGCGCCCAAGUCGCCAUCACGGCAUCCUACCAAGCCUCUCUCGCCGGACUCAGCAAACAUCUCAACCUCAACGACAAGCAGGGCAAGGAUGUUGUUAAGAAGAGUGUGCGAUUAGCGCAGGAGGCAAGGGAUGAGUACCUAAAAGAAUGCGGCAGUCAAGAGAAGAAGGCGCUGUGGGUGGCCGGAAGUGUAGGCCCGUACGGUGCGUUUCUUGCAGAUGGCAGCGAGUACCGCGGCGACUAUGUGCUGCAGAAGAAGGAUAUGAAGGCUUUCCACCGCGGGAGGAUACAGGCCCUUGUUGAUGCGGGUGUGGAUGUGCUCGCGUGCGAGACGAUUCCUAGCCUUGCCGAGACGGAGGCCUUGAUUGAGUUGCUGCAGCAGGAGUUCGAGGGAGAGGAGGCGUGGUUCACGUUCACGCUACAGGACGGGGAGCAUAUCAGCGAUGGCACUUCACUAUCACAUAUCGCGAAGCUGUUCGAUGAUGUGAAGCAGGUCAUCGCUGUGGGAUUCAAUUGCACGCCUGAUGAUGUCGGAUUGGAGGCGCUCAAGGCGCUGAAGCCAAUGCAGCAGGGCAGGAGGUGGAAGAUGAUAGUGUAUCCUAACUCGGGCGAGCAAUGGAAUGCCGUGGCACGAGAGUGGAAGGGAAAGAGGACAGAGGGCGGUUUGUUGGCCGCGAAGACAAGGCAGUGGGCCGAUACGGGUGCGGUGCUGGUCGGUGGGUGUUGUAGGACUACGCCGGCGGAUAUCACGGUUAUGCGGGAUGUGUUACAGCCGAAGAGAUGAGAUACUAGUUCUGGGUCGAUUGGUCUAAGUUACAGCUGCCGUUAUGCUUGACACGCAUAGCAAGGAGGCCCGAACUACAGAUCUGGCUCUCGUGGCCUGCCCUGACCAGGCCGUCGUUAGGCCAUCACUACUUGGCAUCGGCACCAGCGCCAUACAGCGAUACUGUGCUCAAGCUUGUAGCUCGAAUUGAUCGCCUGUCGCGGCCCAUGGUGAAGUCCUGGAGAUCUUCAGUAAUCCAUUAUACCGAGCAAUCUGA